CGGGCGGGCGGCGGCGCGAUGGGACCCCUUCGAGAGCCCAAGAAGGAACAGAGAGUGCAUCAUGAGAAGGAGCUUUCCCGAAGCCGAAUUCCCCGUCUGAUUCUUCGGCCCCAUCUGCCCCAGCAGCAGCACAAAGUGUCCCCAGCCUCGGAGUCCCCCUUCUCUGAGGAAGAGAGCAGAGAGUUCAACCACAGCAGCUCCGGGCGCUCAGGGCGGACCAUUAGCAGCAACAGCUUCUGUUCAGAUGACACUGGCUGUCCUAGUAGCCAGUCCGUGUCUCCUGUGAAGACGCCCUCGGAUACUGGAAACAGUCCUGUUGGCUUUCGCCCUGGAAGUGAUGAAGACUUUACCAGGAAGAAAUGCACAGUUGGAAUGGUUGGCGAGGGAAGCAUCCAGUCAGCUCGACAUAAGAAGGAACCCAAGUCAGGCCUUGUAAAGCCAGGUAGUGAAGCCGAUUUUAGCUCCUCGAGCAGCACGGGCAGCAUUUCCGCCCCUGAGGUCCACAUGUCUGCGGCGGGAAGCAAGCGCUCCUCUUUCUCACGCAACCGAGGUCCCCACGGGCGGAGUAAUGGAGCUUCAUCGCACAAGUCUGGCAACAGCCCCCAGUCCCCACGGGAAAAGGACCUUCUGUCCAUGCUGUGCAGGAAUCAGCUGAGUCCUGUCAACAUCCAUCCCAGCUAUGCGCCUUCUUCCCCAAGUAGUAGCAACUCUGGCUCCUACAAAGGAAGUGACUGUAGCCCAAUCAUGAGGCGGUCUGGAAGGUACAUGUCCUGCGGUGAGAAUCAUGGGGUCAAGCCCCCAAAUCCAGAGCAGUAUUUGACUCCCCUGCAGCAGAAAGAGGUGACGGUGAGACACCUGAAGACCAAGCUGAAGGAAUCUGAGCGCCGACUCCACGAGAGGGAAACAGAAAUUGUGGAGCUGAAGUCCCAGCUGGCCCGGAUGAGGGAAGACUGGAUUGAAGAAGAGUGCCACCGGGUGGAGGCCCAGUUGGCCCUCAAGGAGGCCAGGAAAGAGAUCAAACAGCUCAAACAGGUCAUCGAGACCAUGAGGAGCAGCCUGGCCGACAAAGACAAAGGCAUUCAGAAAUACUUCGUGGACAUCAACAUUCAGAACAGGAAGCUGGAGUCCCUCCUGCAGAGCAUGGAGCUGGCGCACAGUGGCUCCCUGAGGGACGAGCUGUGCCUGGACUUCCCCUGCGAGUCCCCGGAGAAAAGCUUCCCCCGAGACACCCCCAUUGGCCAGACGGCAGAUGCGCUGUCCGUGGAAGAGCAGGUCACAGAGGAAGGGGUGGACAGUGAGCUGCUGGUGGGAGACAGCGGGGUGGAUGGCUCGGAUUUGUUGGAUGAGCUGGCGACGGCCACCGACACCCAGGCUGACGACCUGGAGCUGCUGCAUUCCACCCCUGGGGCAAAGGUCCUGGCGAUCGUCCCCACGGAGGUGGGUCCGGAGGAGGGCCGUGUGGUGGUGGAGCGGGCCGUGCAGACCGACGUGGUGCCCUACAGCCCCGCGGUCUCCGAGCUCAUCCAGUACGUGCUCCAGCUCCAGGACCCCUGUGCCUGGAGCCCAGCAUCGCCUUCCGAGUCGGCGGCUGACUCCACAGAAAGCUUCCCCGAGUCCAUCUCCGCGCUGAUGGUUGAUUUAACUCCAAAGAAUCCAAACUCAGCCAUCCUUUUGUCUCCCGUGGAGACCCCAUACGCCACGGUGGAGGCGCAAGCCCCUGCAAACCGCCUCAUGAGAGAGCUGGAUUUUGCAGGUUGCACAGAGGAAAGGUUGGACGGCGUCCUCCCGCGGGCCCCGGGGGCCGUGGGGAGGCAGUACUGGAGCCGCAGUUUCCUGGUGGAUCUCCUGGCCGUGGCUGCCCCCGUGGUGCCCACCGUGCUGUGGGUGUGCAGUACUCAGAGAGGGGGCACGGAUCCCGUGUACAACAUCGGGGCCUUGCUCCGGGGCUGCUGCGUGGUGGCCCUGCACUCGCUCCGCCGCACCGCCUUCCACGUGCAGACCUAGAGAGCAGCGGUGGUCCCGUGUGCCAGGUGGUGUGGUGCCAGGUGGAGAGGCAGCAGGUCGACCCAGGGCGGUCUCUGUUCUGUCGUGUUGCUCCUCGGUAUUUGAUUUGCACUAUAUUUAGUGGCAGCCUGUUCCCUGCGGAGGACCGGAGGUACCUUCCAAGGCAUGGAGACCUGGUUCAAGUCAAAAGCCCCGCCCGUGUGGUGUAGAAAGCAUGCUCGUGACCCUGCGUGUCGUCAGAGGUGCCCGUUCUUACCCUGGUGG